AUGUCGGGCAACCUGUCGCACUCGAUGCGAGACAACUACAACACUCACGGUGUCGAAAACUACUACAAUCUGGUUUCCAGCUCGUAUAGGAACCCGCAUUUUAUGGCGGUCAAGCGAUGUCUAUACGAAUGGAUGAACGCAUGGUGGAAGGCAGAAGGAUCUGCAGCUCCGCGCACUAUCCGAAUCCUGGAUCUCGCUUGUGGUACGUCGGCUCAAAGGCUAUACAGUGUCUCACUCUUGCUAGGAAGUGGCGAGGUCACCGAGGCCUUGGACAAUUGGUUGAGAACAGCGUAUUACAACGGGAUGGAGAUAUCAGAACAGACCUCUCAGCCAAUACAUCGACGAAAAAUGUGGCAGCAAUCACCUCCAGGAAUACGUAAGUCUGAAUUUACAAUGGAAAUAUGCGCGUCAGAUCCGUUCACAUCUCCGGCGUACGAAGCCCGUGUUAAACGAAAAUGCGCUACACUCUCCUUCCAAGACAUUGCUAAUGGAAGCAUACCAGAUUGCUUCUCCACGCUAGGAGACGACAUUAUUCGAGAAACCUCUGAGGCAAUCGAACAUGGAGAGCAAACCGAGCAGCGGCCGCUGGAUAUGAUCAUCUGCUCAUUUGCGCUUCACCUUGUGGAGACGCCGUCCGAGCUCUUUGGUCUCCUAUGGGAGCUCAGCCAGAAAGCGCGCUGGUUAGUCGUCAUUGCGCCCCACAAGAAGCCAGAGAUGAAAUACGGAUGGGGUUGGCAGCAGUGGGAUAUUGGUUCCUGGACUCGCGCAGAACAUGGUCAAAGCCGGGCUGGCAUUGAGAUCCUGCAGGAUAGAGUUCAUUUACGAGCCUUUCGGAGCUUGAACUAA